AUAAACAAUAAUUUUACAUUACAUUUGAUUUUUUUGGGGGGUUUUAAGAGAGGUUUUUACAACAACUCACAAAAACAAAAAUGUUGGGAAGAAGAUUUAUCUCCUUCUUGCGUCGCACUCCAUCACCUUCGGGAAAAGUGGAAGUGGAGGAAGGGAAGGCAAAGACAUGGGGUCGAAGGAUAGUGUCAGGGACCUUGAUUUGCUUAACGGGAGGUGUUGCUCUAAGUGCUCUUGAUGAUCUUUCCAUAUAUCAUAGCUGUAGCAGCAAGGCCUUGGAGAAAGCCAGUAAGAAUAAGCCGAUUAUAGAUGCUAUUGGAGAACCCAUUGUUCGAGGUCCUUGGUAUAAUGCGUCAUUAGCAGUAGCUCACCAAAGGCAUUCUGUGUCGUGCACAUUCCCCGUGUCUGGACCACAAGGCACUGGGAUUUUUCAGUUGAAGGCAGUUCGCAAUGGAGAGGACAAAUGGUCAUCAUUUUUACGGCCAAGCGACUGGGAGAUACUCAUUAUGGAAGCUCUCGUCCAUGUCCCGGGUAAUGAAGAGAAGCAGCAAACAUUCCGGAUCAAGGUCUCCGAUGACCUACCUCCGCCGGUUAGUAUCGCGUGCACGGAUUGCCCCUCUCAGGACUCUUCAUGUAGUGUGGCGAAAAGGUGACAGAAAAUUUUUCUCCCCAUACAAAUCAUUCACAUCAUAAGAAGUUUGUAUUUAGGGGUAAAAGAAAUUUUCCAGUUCCAAGCAGGGGUGGGGUGGGCAGGGCUAGUAGUUGAAGCGUGUGACCAUCUCAUUUAAAAGUUUAAGCUGUUAUAGAGAACACAUUUUUUAUUAUUUAAUUAUAUUCUCUACACACCCAUCACGUGUGGGUCUGAUUCCUCUUUAUGGACCAAGCACGUGAAUUUUUUUUUUUUUUAAUAAUGGAAGGCGGUGAGAUUCGAUCGCAGGACCUCUGCUUGCUUGAUACCA